AUUGUUUACACACUCGGCCCGAAACACGCCGUCGCAUCAUCGGUAGCCAUGGUUUCGGCACAGAGUGUAGGAAGAAAGUAAAAAUAAACACCACGACUCUUCUGCCCACUGCCCGCCUGCUCUCUGCCAAGAAUCCAAACCCUGCUUGAUUAUUUGCAAACAAAUGCAGCCAGAGAACGGGUUUGCUGACAUGCGCCUAGGCGACUUUACACUGUGAGGUGAGAAUUACGUGAGCUUGCUCUCGGCCGCUUGUCAGUUGAACUUGACAUUGGCGACGCAUUUACAACGAUCGCGCAGUUGUGAUAGUUUGUACGCUAACGAAAAGGUUAGGUUUUUCCGAAAAUAAGAAGUGGAAAACUCCACAAGCGAGUGUGUGUGUGAUAGUUCAAUCAACACGAUGUGCGCCACGUACGAAAGUGAUCUCCAUUUCGAUGAUCUUCCUUUCGAGUUGGUUUGCGAAAUAUUUGACUAUCUGCCCCUGCGGGAUGUCAAAACGGCCUCAUCCGUAUGCCAGCGCUGGAAUGCCAUCAUCUUCUCCGAGGUGUACAUUCACCGGUUUCAGCUGCAACUAAAUCUCGACUACUCCCUCCCCGUGCUGAAGCAGAUGGCCCAGCUGCUCGAGGCUAGUGACCGCGAGUACUACAGCGUAGUGCUGCGGGCCAACCUUGGCAGCCCGCUGACGGACGCACGGUUGCGAAUAGUGAAGCUGAUGAUACGUCUGUUGGCGUCUCGCUCCGAGUCGCUGUACUUUAACAUGGCUGACUUUAGAAUAGAGUCGUGCGUUUCCGAACGGUUGUUGAGGGGCCGCAAGCUACAGGUCAUCGACACCCGGGCCAAGUACAUACCGCUCGGGAUGGGCUUGAAGGAGUCGAUGCUGGCCGCAAUCUGCGAGUAUGCGGUCGAGCUGGUGGAUCUGGUCAUUGCCGAGAUGAACAUCAACAACCCGAAGGCGCUCGUACCGCUGUCCUCGCUCAAGCACCUGAAGCUGCUGCUGAUCAGUGACUACUACCCGUACGUGAAACCGCCGGAACCGCCAAUCAAUCUGCCGGGCCUCGAGAACCUGUCACUGAUCAAGGUGACAGACGAAUCGUGCCACUACUUUCGGGUGGACAACCUGAAGCGCUUCUUCAUCCACUCUACCGGCACGGAUGCACCGCGCACGAUGGACUUUAUUACGCAGAACAUAACGCAAGUGAGCCGGCUGUGUUUACACUUUACCGCACGCUCCAUUCAGGCCGAGAUGAUCUUUGGGUGGUUGGAUCGAUUCCCGAACCUGCUGGCAUUGGAGCUCGCAGGCGUGGCACUACCCGGAGAUGUUCUGAAGCAGCUCAGCCCGGCUAAUCGUUUGCAGAAGCUUAUCUUUGUGUCCUGUCAUUUGGAGACGCUGCAGCUGGACGGUUUACUGGAGAAGCUGGCCAAGCUGCGGUUGCUGUGCUUGGAUGGAUGCUCCCUGUUCCACAAGCAGUCGGGUUUCCAUCCCGUCCAUUACGACGACAUUGAGGGACUCCGGCAGCGACUACCACACUGUCGGAUCAUGCUGGACUACGAUUGAUGCAAGGCGGUGCAGGGGUACUCAUGAAUGCUACUCUCACUCCUCCCCAUCCACCGUUUGUCCGAUGCUUUCGAAUAGAAUAAACACAUCAUCCGUCAAAAGUUCGUUCGGUAUGUACCGAGUUCUUGAAGCACUCGGCGUCAACAGCAUGAUGAGCGUUGAAUGCUGUAAGAGUCCCAUCACAAGCGUUAGAAAAGACGCACGAUAAAACCGGUGCAGCAGCAGCAACAGCAUUCUUGCACACACAUAAAGGGAGUAAUCUCUUGGAACAGUUCUUUGUUGCAGAAGGUACGAUACAGUGCACGGAUCUCGCCGUAAUCGUGUUACGGAAUUUAUAAUGCAAGGUUCUCGCAGCCCGUUGCAGCCGCCUGCACCGACACACUGUUGCCACUGCGAACCUAAACCACAUUCAUCCGACCGAGGAAACACUAAAGUGGACCACAAAGAGAUGUCACCUUCGUGUCGUGUAUCGCUCGGGCUUUUUUCUCGUUCUGUUUUCGCACUUGACGGCAGCAUAAAAGCUGUACCAUCCUCGGGAUGAUGGUCUCGGGUCUUUAUGGAUCGUUCCUUUCCCUUGCCGUUCUACGUUUGAGAUGUACUUUUUCUGUGAUCCUUGUAUUUCCACACUCUUCACCCUUUCUCCUACCUUUCCCGCACUGUAUUAAGCUCGGGAUGAAUCUUUGCAUGCGUUUCGAGCGCCACUGGCAGACAUGGAACACACGGAACACAGCGAACAUAACACUUUCCAUGGCAAUCAGUGUGGUGAUAAGAGCGUCGCUACGAGAGGAGGUUUGCCGCUCUGGACGGAGGUAUGCUCUUGUUGCCGUGCCGCACGGUGCAAGGUUGAUUGUGCCGUUUGCUUUCUUCGUUUGGUACCGAGAUGAUGCAUCUCUUCGAAAUUUCCGUCUGCUGCAGCUGCUGUUGGGUUUUAUCUUGCCGCUCAAUUUGCACCCACCAGACGACAAUGAUGUCGAAUGACGGAGGGUGUCAAUUUUUAGGCGAAAUCGUUUCUUUGUAUGGCAAAUGUAUCUCUUUUAGUGUGCGAGUAAAAGGCAUGAAAUAGAGAUGGAUAUAAGAUAAAAUGUUUAGCAAAACCAUCA